AUGCCAACUGCUCCGCCAAGUUCCAGAGACUCAGAGAUGUCUAAUUUUUCAAAAUUGUCGCCUUUCGAUGGACGUUACUGGGGUAAAGCUAAUGACUUUGCCUCUUCCAUGAGCGAGUUUUCUUUUAUCAAUUUCCGAGUACUUGUCCGGAUUAAAUUGCCUCUGUAUCUUUCAAAAGUCCCUCAAGUCACCGAAGUUCCAUGCUUUUCAAAAGAUGGUGAUGUCUACUUGCAAUUCAUAUUCGAUGUGUUUAGCAUUGAUGAUACGUUGGAAGUUAAUAAGGUCGAGAGAGUAGCAUAUGAUGAUGUGAAAGCUGUGGAGUAUUUCUUGAAACAAAAGUUUGAAUCACAGCCAGAGAUUGCCAAGUGUCCAGGCGUCGCAGCUUACGUUAAGACGUUUCAUCCUGAUUGGUCUCCCUCCAUGAUCAAAUCUGCCAUCAUGACAACCGGAUGGCUUAUUGGAUCAACUCUUGCCUCAGGUACUUUCAUAAUGAUGUAA